AUGGCAAUAAUAAUGGAGAAGAGAACGGUAAUGAUGAUGGUAUUUAUGUUGAUGGUGAUUCUGGCGUGGCAGAACGAAUGCCAUGGAUGGGAAGCAGCAGAGGAUAUUGUCAGAAAUGAAUCAGAGGAUUCUAAAAACGCUGCUGGAACCGUCACAAACAUGGCGGCCAAGGCAACUCGUGAUGCCAAUGACAAAACCGCAUCUUGGACUGGUUGGGUUUCUGAUAAAAUCUCAACAGGAUUGGGAAGCAAGAAAGAGGAAGCAAAAGAAGCGGCUGAAUCUGCAAAGAACUACGCCUAUGACAAUGCCGGUUCCGCCUAUGACAAUGCAGGAUACGCCAAGGACUUUGUAUCUGAUAAGGCCGGCUCUGCUUACGACAGUGCUCAAAAUGCAAAGGGUUAUGCGUAUGAGAAGGCCACUGAUGCAAAGGAUAUGGUCUAUGACAAAGCGGGUCAAGCCAAGGAUAUGGUCUAUGACAAAGCUGGUAGAGCCAAGGACACGGCUUCUGACAAGACUGGAUCAGCCUAUGACAAGGCCAGUCAAGCCAAAGACAUAGCAUACGACAAGGCUAGCAAAGCUAAGGACAUGAUUUAUGAUACCGCAGGAUCAGCCUACGACAAGGCCGGUCAAGCCAAAGACACAGCAUACAACAAGGCUGGCCAAGCUAAAGACAUGGUUUAUGAUACCGCAGGUUCAGCCUACGACAAGGCCGGCCAAGCCAAGGACAUGGCCUAUGACAAAGCAGGAUCAGCCUACCACAAGGCCGAUCAAGCCAAGGAUAUGGUCUCCGACAAAGCAGGAUCAGCCUACGACAAGGCCGGUCAAGCCAAGGAUAUGGUCUACGACAAGGCCGGUCAAGCCAAGGACAUGGUCUACGACAAGGCGGCUCAAGCAAAGGAAAAGGCCGGUCAAGCCAAGGACAUGGUCUACGAGAAGGCGGCUCAAGCAAAGGAAAAGGCCGGUCAAGCCAAGGACAUGGCCUACGACAAGGCCGGUCAAGCCAAGGACAAGGCAGGUCAAGCCAAAGAUAUGGCUUAUGACAAGGCUGGUCAAGCCAAAGAUAUGGCCUAUGACAAGGCUGGCCAAGCCAAGGACACUGUGUAUGACCAAGCAGAUGAUGUGAUUAGAAUGGCUACGGAUAAGAGUGAUGAAGCUAAAGAAAUAGGUUAUGGAACAUACGAGAGAGCAAAAGAAGGGUCCAAAAAUGCUAAAGACGUUUCAUUUGAAAAAGCUCGUGACGUUAGAGAAACUGGGGGGCAAGCGAUGGACUAUAGUAAAGACAAAGCAACAGACGCGUACGGAUUAGGGAAUGAAGCUGCCGGGAAAUUGGAGGAGGAAAUGUAUAAAGUUGGGGAAAGGUAUGGUGCAGCAAAGGAUUCAACGUCGGAGAAGGCAAAAGAAGCUUAUGAGAGUGCAAAGGAGAAGGCUUCUGAGGCUACUGGAGAGUACGGUGCAUAUUUAAGGGACCAUAGUGUUGAGCUUUAGAACCGGAGAAAUUAUACACGUAUAGGGGUUGGAUGAGACUUCAGAUCUUUCUCGUGAAAUCUA